AUGGAUUGCAACUGCUGCCAGUGCUCCAAACAAAUCAAAACUUUGGAGUUCAUGCAAUGUAGUGGCUUCUGUGAUCAAGCUGCUCAUCUUGAGUGCGUAGGACUGAAGCGACCUAAUAUGGACUUCGUUAACGAGCAAAGAAAUAUUCUAUGGUUUUGCGAUAAUUGUGUUGACCAGCUGAAAACCAUCAAAGAUAAUUUUAGCAUUUCUUCGAACGAAAUUAUUACCAGUGUGUCAGAGAUCAAGGAAUCUUUAGCUGAACUGAAGAAUGAUCUCUUAGAAACGAAGGCGUUAACUAAGUCAUUUGCGAGUAAAGUUAAUUUGAAAGACUCAUCCGGAACUGCUCAAGUUAGGUCAGCAUGGCCUAGUAUCAAACGGCCUCGUGGAUUUGAUGCAAGGGAAACACCCAAAUCCCGGCCGGAUGCAAAGUUAAUCGUUGGCACUAAAUCCAUAGAAAAAGAACAAUUCGCCGUUGAGACAGUUGCAAAGCCACCUGAGAAGUUUUGGAUAUACUUAUCCAGGAUUGCUAGCCAUGUUACUGAGUCUGACAUCCAGGAGCUGGUGAAAGGUUGUUUACCGAAUACCGAAUCCAUCGAUGUGAGAAAACUGGUGCGCAAGGAUGCAGAUUUGAAGCAAUUUGCAUUCAUUUCCUUCAAAGUAGGUGUUGACGUGCAGGAAAAGGAAUACGCGCUGGACCCAUCUGUUUGGCCUAAAGGAAUUUACUUCCGGGAAUUCAAAAACUUACAAACUGAACGGGAUUUUUGGGGACCUGCAAAAAUUCCACGAAUCGACGACCGGACGCAACUUACCGAUGUGACGCCGAUGAUUGUAACAACAACACCCGCGCAAUAA